GACUUUACACAAUCUGUUUUUAAAAAACGGUUUCUGUAAAACCGGAAUAAUCCCGUAGUGUAGACAUCCCCUCAGUCGAGUAGUCCCACUCGGCUGAGUAAAGCUGGGGCCUGGGGCACUUGACAUGAAGCAUGGAGGAGAGACAGAAUACAACAAUUUUAGCCAGGUGCCCCCGGGCCGCGCCCGACUGAGGCGGGAUGGGACCGCUCCGCGAGGGCAGCAAGGUGAGCAGGGCCGGCCAGGCGGCCCCGGAGCCCUUUGGCCGCAGGUGGCGAGUCCCGGGAGACGGACCGCGGGUGACAGGCGUACAGGAGCAGAAACUGCAGCAGGAGAAGGAGAUCUCCCGCAGCCGCAUUCCCCGCCUGCUCCUUCGGCCUUAUGUAUCCCAACAGCAACAGCAGAAAGUGUCCCCAGCCUCCGAGUCACCCUUCUCAGAGGAGGAGAGUAGAGAGUUCAACCCCCGCAGCUCUUCUGGAGGCUCAGCAAGGACCAUCAGCAGCAACAGCUUCUGUUCAGAUGACACUGGCUGCCCUAGUAGCCAAUCAGUAUCUCCCGUUAAGACUCCUUCUGAUGCUGGAAACAGUCCAAUUAGUUUUUGUACUGGCAGUGAUGGAGACUAUACCAAAAAGAAAUGUAAUGCUGGAACGGUGGGGGAAGGAAACCCACAGUCUGCGCGAUACAAGAAGGAAACAAAGACAAACCCUGUAAAACCCGGGAGUGAAGCUGAUUUUAGCUCUUCAAGCAGCACAGGCAGCAUUUCAGCUCCUGAAGUCCAUAUGUCUGCUGCUGGGAGCAAAAGAGCCUCUUUUUCUCGCAAUCGUGGCCCUCAUGGACGGAAUAAUGGAUCUUCAUCAUACAAGUCUGGAGCCAAUCCGCCUACUUCUCGUGAGAAGGAUCUGUUGUCAGUACUGUGCAGAAAUCAGUUGAGUCCUGUUAACUUCAAUCAGAAUUAUGGGGCUUCUUCAGCCAGUAGCAGUAACUCAGGUUCAUACAAGGGAAGUGAUAGCAGCCCAGUUAUGAGACGGUCGGUGAGAUAUAAUUCUUGUGGGGAGAAUCAUGGCAUUAAAGCACCACAUCCAGAGCAGUAUUUGACCCCACUGCAGCAGAAAGAAGUUACAGUGAGACAUCUAAAAACAAAACUGAAGGAAUCUGAGAGCAGACUUCAAGAAAGGGAAACAGAAAUAGAAGAGCUUAAGUCGCAGCUGACUCGCAUGAGGGAAGACUGGAUUGAAGAGGAGUGUCAUCGAGUGGAAGCACAGUUGGCCUUGAAAGAAGCAAGAAAGGAGAUCAAACAACUUAAGCAGGUUAUUGAAACCAUGAAAAACAGCUUGGCUGAGAAAGACAAAGGGAUUCAGAAGUAUUUCAUAGACAUUAAUAUCCAAAACAAGAAACUGGAGUCCUUGCUUCAGAGCAUGGAGAUGGCUCAGAGCGGCUCUCUGAGGGAUGAGCAGUGUAUAGAGUAUACAUGUGAGUCACCUGGUAAGUCUUUAGGUCCAAGUACAAUAUAUUCCAAAAUGGUGGGCAGUCUAGUUAUGGAGGACCAAGCCAUGGAGGACAGCAGGCUGCUGCUCAAUGAUGAUAUGGCUAAUGGGACUGACUUUUUUGAAGAAAUUAUUCUGGCCUCUACACCUGAAUCUGGUGAUCCAGCCCUCUUCACUUCCAGUGCUGGGCCUGCUGCCCUAAACCAAAACGCACUUGAAUGGGGCUGUGCUGAAAAACUAACAUCCUCACAGGCAGAGGAGGAGAGCGACAAUAGCAUGACGACGGAACAGGCCAUUCAGACUGAUGUGGUGCCAUACAGCCCGGAUGUGGAGCAGCUCGUUCAGAACAUAUUCAGAUCACAACAUAUCAGUCCCAUGAGCCCAUUUGCUGCCUUAAAGGGAUUGGAUGGAUUUCCUGCUGGAUGCUUCAGUGAAUCUGCUUUGCUACUAGACUUAAAUCCAAGUGAUCCAAACUCUGCCAUCCUUUUGUCUCCCAUGGAGUCUCCAGGCAGCAAGGGGGAUUGGAGCGUUAGUGAAAACCAUGUUAUGAAGGAACUUGACUUUACAGCCUCUUGUGAUGAAACAUUCAGAAAUGUCAUUACUGUCUCCCAGGCAGGCAUCACGAAAAGGUACUGGAGCAGCAGUUUCCUUGUCGAUCUUUUGGCUGUAGCAGCCCCCAUUGUACCAACAGUAAUGUGGGCGUUCAGCACUCAGCGAGGCGGAACGGAUCCGAUCUAUAACAUUGGCGCAUUACUUCGUGGCUGUUGCCUGGUGGCGCUACACUCGCUGCGUCGUGCGCCUUUCAGUAUCAAAACCUAAGUGCAGCUGCCCAGUCGUGUGCGCUGGUUGGUGGGGGAAGAAUUACAAUAGACCAUAAAAGUGUGUGUGUAUAAUGGCAGAGUCUGUCUUUUUGCUCCUGCAUAUUUGAUUUGCACUAUAUUUAGUUGAAAACAUGUUUGUUGUUUGAAACUGAAGGAAGGCUCAGUGACGUGGCGGCUUGGUCCUACUAAAUUUACUACACGUGUACUUUACAAGCAUGCUGUCGCUUUUCAUGUGUAGUCUGAUGUAUCGAUUCUUACACUAAAAGCUCAUCCUUCCAAGGCAGCUUCGGGCACGUAUUGUAUGUCUGGCUUGCUUAGUGCUCUUGUAAAAUAUAUAAUUGCCCUAGCAUUCCACUGGUCUUGUGUACAAGAGGACUGUAACCAAAAAUGCAUUUGUGUAGGUUGUUGGGCAUUUUGAAUCUUGCUAUGUUUGAUAAAUAGGGGGUGAAUAUAUUUUAUGCAUAUUAUUUUAAAGUCUUAAAUGAACUCCUAUUGUAACCUGCUAGUCAUUCAAGCCAUGUGAAAUACUCUCUAAGUGUAUUGUGAAUUAACUUAUUUUUUGCUUAUUUAAUCAUGUUUUAUUGGAAACAGCAGAUUUAUAAUCACAAAUUACAGUAAAGCAUGUUAAAAGUAUGAAUUGGUGUUUUAUUUUAGCAAAACCCUCACCUGCAAUAAGCUAUUAAAAAUUAAUGCAGCUUUAAGGUUGAAAUUUUACACACAGAGGAGGCAGGAGCCCAGUGAAUACUCUAGG